AUGCCUGGUAUCUCUUGUCAACACGUCGUGUUUCAGGAUCAGGAUAUAACGCACCGUCGUCGGAAAAAGUCGUCGUCGACGAAUGUAUCCACAUAUAUAUCCCCAAAUCUCUACCUUAGAGAGGAUCUAGUGACACUUCAAGCCGAGUUUCCUGAUGCUGUUAUUUCCUACAAUCCAAUUCAACUGGCAUACAAGAUAUGUAGUAGCUACCCUGGCAACGUUAUCACUCGAGCUGACGAAGAAACUUCGAUGUUAAUGAGGUUUUUCCGCCUGGCCUUCGUCAACUUCUCAGCUUUUUUCAAUUAUCCAUCUCCUGUAUUAACUGCAUACUGCCAAUACAAGAGUGCUGGAUAUCCAUGGACGGUUGGGCGUCUUUCACAGUCUCUCAUUGCAAUCUUGUCUGUUAGGUGGCUUGAAGUAUCGCCCUCCGCUGCAACGGCUUAUAGCAGCUCAGUUCUCGUGAAUCCUGACAUAGCAGAUUCGGACAUUGAUCCAACAGCGGCUGAAUUCGAUCCCAUUACUGCGAUUUCUCCUACGGAAAAUGGCCCAACCUUCAUAGACUGGAAACGCUGGCCUCUUUCUUACCUCGACCCCUAUCCUCAGUGGCGUGUCCUCUGUGUUAAUCCUGACCAUUUUGUUGGUAUUGGCUACAGCAACGGAGCUAUUGAUGUAAUAAAUCUAAAUGAAGAAAAGAAUUCACAAAUCUUUAUCCAGCAACCUUUGUUGAAUAAAUCAGAUUUUGCUCCAAUUGUCGGCCUCAGUUUUGUGCAGGACUCCUCACAUCUAUUGGUGUGUCGUUUUUCUGGUGAGAUUGAGCUUUGGCACUUAAGUGGUAAAAGCACAGGUUUUUCUGCUCGUCUCGUUCUUCAAAAAACUCACCAUUCGUCAAUCUUCUCUUCCGUUUACGAUCAAAAUACCCACCUGCUUGUGAUAGGGGGCGAAUAUGUGGGUACUCCCUCAGGUCACCUUACACUCAUUUCAGUAGACACAAAGACGAUUUCGGAGUGUAGCCAUUUGAAGGGGAAUACGUUGUCAACUCCCUCCGCUUCAAAGUUGCGUUCUAUUUUGCUGUCAAUCUCGAAUCGACAAAAUGCCAAUUUGUCGGAUGGUUUCGCCAGCCUUUGUCUUUCCUCGUCUGGCAACCUCCUUUCAGCCCUUCACUGUUCCCGCUCUAUAUCUGUUUGGUCAUUUCCAAGUUGCUCCCUUCUGACUACUAUAAUUUCUGACGCGGUGUCUUUAAAUGCUGCAACAAUCACUUGCAAACCACUGUCACCCCUUCUCACUCCUAACCUCCCGGUUCCCCUACAUUUGGCUUGGUGGAGACGAGACUCAUCUGACGAUCUACUAGCCGUCCUAAAGAGCGAUGGUGCUCUAUCGGUAAUUGACAUUGAAAGUAUGGAAAAUCAAUUGCUAAGUGUGGAAAGAAAAGAAGGCUGUAAUAAAGAUGGUCAUAGUAUACAAUUUUCUCCCUUUGCAGCCCUUGCUGUUACGACGCCCAGCGACUCCCUUAAAACAGAACUCAUUCUCUUAAAUUGUUCAAUCACUCAGUUGCAUGAAGCAGAUAAAAUACAACGAAGCCGGACAAGUGCUGAGCAGCCCUCCUCUAGUUCUAGCUAUCUUGGAUCGUUUGCAGCUGCUCUUGGAUUAGUUGGGAAACUGCCACCGCAAACCGAGCUCACAGAAACAAUCGAAAGUGUUGCUCCUACUUUCAUGUUGGCAAGUAUCGUUCGCCUAGCUGCAACGUCUCCGCAGGAGCUUUUUAUCCACCUCCUACGAAGUUGCCGUUUCUCUGAGGCUCUUGCAUUAACCAAUGAUGAUUUAGAGCCUGAACUUGUUUGGCAGCACCAAUGGUUGGCUCUUUUUCAGUUUCCUGUCAGUCCGACAACGUUCGAGCGAAUAAGCUCGGUGUGCCUUUUAAACAUCACCAAGCGGAUUAAUUGGCUCCUUCGAGAGUGCCUCCAUAAUAUUCCUCUUACUGACGCUAGUUGGAAGACCGUUGAUCUCUUUAAAAUGACACGAAAUAUUUUAAAGGCCGGUUUAACGAGGUGUUCCGAUAGGAGUGUUAAUGUGAUGUUUGAGGAGAGGUUAUUUCAUCUUGAGGUACUUACUGCAAUCUAUGCUGAGGAGUGUGCUCUCUCCCUGGCAGACAGCACCAGUCGAUCUGGUGACGAAAAUGAAGUCAGAAAUUGGUCGUUAGAAUUACAGGCCUUUCGUCGGAACGCCAUCAUUGAUGUCGCUCUGUUUUACUUGCACACAGGGCGUUAUGCAGCGUUUGGUUUGUUAGCGUCACACUACGCAUCUCUCUUACGUCCACACCUGCUUGCGCUUCUGUCCACCAUUCCUGCAACCGAGCCACCUGCUCAAUACCUCCGACCGAUACGCUUUUGCAGCCCAGAAUCGGCCGCGGUUCCAUCCCUAAGCAAGCAUUCUGAGGUCCUACACGAAGAUGCUGUUCAGCGCUUAUACUCCCGCCUUCCCAAGGACUUUCGAUGGGCAAAUACUGCACCCGAUGAGCUUAUUCUUGCUCAGUGGGCGUGCAUUAGAGCGCGCGAACUAGAUAGUCUGUCUGGUUUGACCUCGUAUGCAUCUGAUUUGUUGGAGAUAACUACUGAAAUAGUCAAAAAUGGUUUUGGUGGGAAAAGAGAUUAUCGGCUUAGGAGGCGAGCUUUGGCUCAUCUUCAAAAACACUCAAACGAGCUUGAACAGUUUUCCACAAUUCUCUAUCGUUCAGCGCCCGGCUAUGGCUUCUCUAGCACUCUUCGACGUAAAAUUGAUCUCGAUGGCUGCUUGGUGACAUUGGGUCGUUUAAAACUGGUCGACUUCCACCAACUCAGUCCUCAACAGCGUUUGGAGCUUCUUAUUCGUGUCUGCAUUGCCUCACCCUCCAAAAUCACGGCUUCAGAAAUGUGCUCCGUGCUUAUAAGGCACCUUCUCCCAUUCGUUACUGCUGGUGCAAAUAAAAAGGCGUCCUCCGUCAAGGUGCGUCAGUGUCUCUUAAGAAUGGCGGGCUAUGCGGAUACUGGAUUAGAGGCCAUUUCUAUUCUCGUUCGCUAUUGGUGCAAUUCUGAGGAUGCAGUACUUGCUUCCAUUGGAGAUAUCGACUUCAAGUCAUGUAUCGUCGACUUCCUCACUAAAUUUACACCGCCAUUUGAGGAUUCUGAGCUGUAUCUUACCCUUGCGCAGAACAUUCUCACCAGUCUCGGGGUGGAAUCUGAGCAGGCUCGUCGACUGUCGGAUUGUUGUGCUGCCCUCCUCGAUUUCCAGUCUCUUGUUCGCGAAAUGGGUUACCUCUCACUGCCACACGGCCUUCCUUCCUCCCUCGGGGAGGCACUAGCUCUAGAACAAGGAAAUGAGUCCUGCUUGAGGGAGUUGGUCAACCAGUGGAUUCAAGUGCCUCUCAAUGCUCAUCGAGAGGUUAUGGGCAAACGAACGCAUGAUCAGGAUAGGGGACGGGGAGUGGGGUCUAUCACCCCUGCAACUCUGCAAGUUCCCAUAAAUGCGGUAAAGCGUCUCUACAACUACAAUCGCUUGCAUUCAUCAGUGACCCCAGCAUCUUCCGACUCCACGGCUUCUUUAUCCGAAGUCUCUGAAGCCGAAAAUGAGGCUUUGGUUAGUCUUUUCGACCGACUCUGUGGCGCUCUCACCCGUCUUUUAGGCGCAGACUCUAAUGAAAAGGCGCGUUACCACUUGCUCGUGGGUGUUCUUUGCUCCCGAAAUCGUCAAUUCAUUGAGUUCGCCCAUUCCCAGUUGAUGCGCCACGCGUCUGAAGACUCAACUUGGGUUUCCGCACUUCGCUUUGCAAUCGGUGUCUAUUUUGACGCCACUGCAACCUUUGGUGCUGGCGAAGUCAAUGAAGAGCUUGGUUCCCUGUGUCUUUCCUUCUUACCAUCGGAGGAUUCACCCGAAUUCAUCUUCUACGGCGCAAUGAAGUUUCUUUCGGGGGUCAACCGUCUCAUUGGUGACUUCUGCCCAUUUCCUUCUCGAUCUUCCUGGGCGAAUUCCGACCGGACGUUUAAGGUGAAGCUAUUUACGUCGGCCCUCCAGCGACUCCAAACCACUGCUUACGUGGAUGCAGUGGACUUAAUCCAGGCUGGCAAAUACUUCGGUCUAAUCGCAAUAGAGGUUAAACGUUGUUAUUUAAAAGCCGCCGUCACAAGUGAUAUGAGGAGUAUCUCAGCGGCUGCGAAUGACAGAAUCCUCGCGUUCAUGCAAGAAAUUUUGACUAUUCCUGAAGCAUCAGCGUGGAAAGAAAUUUGGAUGUGGUGUUCUGCAGCACCGGAGGUUCUUGAUUCCCUAUUUUCUGGAGUAGAUAGCUCAGUUGUUGAAAGAUUCCGCUUGACGCUUGCACGUUUUGUGGUUACACAUUCAGUGUAUGAGGCCACGUGUUCGGAGUAUGCUGAAAUCUGUGACCAGCUGGCCCAAGUAGUCGCUGUCCAGAAAAUCCCUCCUGAGGACAGCAACCGGUUCAGCGUGACUCAACGCUUUCUCGGUGCAUUCUCUUCUACUCCUGCUAAAAUAAUAAAACAAAGCACACCGAUUUCCCCUUGUGUUUUCUACGUUUCUCCGCUGGAUCCCACAGAAUUACCCUUUUACUCAUGUUCUUCGGUUUCGGAGCUAAUGGCAGCAUUUCUGAAGGGCCGUUCGAACGACCUAGCAUUUGAUAAAAUUGACAUUCAAGAGGCCUGGCUGAGGGAUUGUAUUACUGCUGAAAGUCUCGACGUCGGGUUGUCUUAUGCCUAUGGGCCCCCUUUGGGCCACCGGCCACGCAACUGGACAAAACUCCUCUGUACUCGCCUCUCCGAGCUUAUACAAAACAACUUAGGUGGUUGGGUGGAAGAGUAUCGAUUGCUGGCUGCCAGUGUUUCGGUCAGUCCAAUGCCAAAGAAGCCAUUUCCUUCGUCAGAUACCCUAAUUGACUCCCUCGAUCGUUUAUCAGAAAAGCACCCGUGUGUUGCGGAGUGGCGUUCGAGAGCGAUUGUCACAAGGCUAGUAAAUGAUCCGCAGAAAUUCUUCUCUGAUGCUGCUUAUCGACAAAAAGCUCUCUUAACGAUUUCCCAAACUCGGCCUGAAAUUUCUCUGCUUCUCGCAAAGCAUAUGGCCGAAUCCAGGUCUCAAUUGGUUCUAUCGAACCUGUCUGAUAUUGUUUUUUGCGGCGCUGAAGUUGAAACAGAGACUACAAAGCAGCGCUUAAAGGAGCUUUCUCCUUACCUCAAACGUGAUGUUUCAGAGGAUGAACUGGUCGCCUAUGUAGCCGAAUUGAUUGACCCAAAUAUUGAAAAGAUACCCCUGUGGCGGCUGUUGUUACUUCUCAAGGUUUUUCAUAUUGUUCAAGGAAGAAGUGCAGAGGCACUAUCAAUUCGUGGUGUGUCAAUCACUAAGCAUAUUGAAUUCCUUCGACUCGUGUCCCACCUGGAAACUGCCGUCUACCUCGCUUUCAUUCGUGGCCUUUAUACUGAGAAAGGUGAAAACUUCCUCGCUUGCGUUCGCCAGCAUUUAACUUCCAAGUCUAACGUCGAAGCCUUGGUCUCGUUGAUGCACCACUGCGAUUCUUCUCUGGGAGUGACUGAUGCCCAGGUUUACUCGACUUACGCAACUGGUCUUCUCUCCGAAACCGAUUCUCCCGUUGAAAGUUGUAUUGACUGUUUGGAGGCAAUGGUAGCGCCCUCUGGCGACGCCGACGUGCUUGCUACUUGGAUUGCCUCGCAUCUUUUCGGAAACGACGCUCUGGUAGCAAGAAUCGAUCUGAACGGCCGAUUACAGUUGGUCGACGCUGCCGUCGACGUAGCUAGUAAUAGGCAAGUUGCCAGCAUCUGUUCUUUCUGUGAAAUAUCUUGCACGUUUUUGAUAUCCGGUUUUCCUUUUUCCCACAGAGCCCAGGACAAAAGGUCCUUGGGGAAGUUGAAACGACUCCAAGAUGACCUCCAUCGACGUGCAGCGUGGGUCCGCGAAUUCCCCACCCACUUGAGUCCUUCCCUGCAACGAAGCCUUCUGUUGCAUCAUUUUGAGGAUACGACUGGAGCUCAGCGCCUACUCGUGCAAGCGGCCCGCGAGAUAAUCAUUCCAACAAAUGACACCAGCCUGAAGUUCAGCCAACUCCUGUCCAUGUUUAUCCACGAGAUCGAGCAAAUAGCCAGUCUGCUUUACUUGGAUUUCGUAGAGGUACUUUGUGGUGGAUCGGUGGGCUUUUGCUCAAAAUUAGCAUUAUUUUGUGGUCUUAUUCCUCGUUCGUCCAAGAUUCUCACCCUCAGAGGGGUCAUUGAUAAGGGAUUGAGGAUUCGUGUCUGGCACCGGCUCGAAUCGCGGGUGCUUCGUUUCGGCAGAUCUGCACAACCGCGUUUGUGCAUAACAAAAAUUAAACCCAUGCUGCGUUUGGUAUCGUCAUCCGGUCUUGCCGCAACCCACGAUGGCAGUGCCUGUGCUUACCCUGCUGUGUUUAGCUCUCGGUUUAACUUAACCCUCUUACGUGAAGUCGAGGUUGAGUGUAAUUACCUACUACCGUUUGCAGUACGAAAUGAGCUUAAAGAUGAAAAUCUGGCCAAGGUACUGACAGACGCCUCGUGUGAAUGUCUUAACGAGUUCCUCACCACCAACGAUCUAGACUGGGUCUAUCUAGACCCCUCAUCAGUAUCUGACCUUCAUGCCUGCGACCAUGCGAUAACUGAAUUCAUCAAACAAAAACCAAUUGAUCGGCAACAGCUGAUGGUUUCUCUGCUUCUCUCCUAUCCCACUCCUCGUCAGGUGUUUGGGGUUGCCCUUCUCGGCGCAGCACCGACUGAAAAGCACCUACUUGUGGCACAAAACGCGCUUGAUCACGUUCUAACGUGCUACGGUCUCCCUCCCGAAUCACUCGAAAAUGCGAUUUCAAAAUUGACCGGUCAUAUUGAAGGGCGCGAUGAUUCAGUAAAGGUUGUCGAAUCAUUGCUUGGUGACGAUGGGCCCAGCAAUGCAGGCGUGAUUCAGGCAGUUGGUGUGGCGGUUGAACUUGCAAGUCUUGUGGUUGACACACGCGGGGCUAAACGUAGUAUGUCGUACGACGUGUCUUUGGUUUACUUUCUAGACUUGGACCGCAACGCUGUGAAUGAACAAGAAACCAAUCUCUGGUUGGAUUGGUUGAAGUACUUUAGCCAGCAUCCCCUCCUACCCACAUUUUCCCACCAAUUAAUUUCGCGUAUCCAUCUUGCACGGAACCCGUCUCCCAACUACAUUGCAGCAGUUAAAAAAUUUGCUACAGAUGACCUUCGAUUAUUGGGAACGUUACAGAGCGCCCUGCUCCUGCAAAGCCCUAUUUUAUGGUCAUCUAUGGAUGACGAGGUCAAACUAGAUCCCAUCGCCUGUCGUCGUUUCCUGUCGAGCCAAGCAAUGUGGAAGUCGGCUGCCUUUACUACCUCGAUGCUGGAGGCUGUUCUGAGGGUUGCAGCAAAUCCACGUUACUCCGCGUUUCUUAAGCACGUUUUGCACUCCAUGGUUGCUGCCGGUGAUUGUUGGCUGGAAGUGGCACUCCUAGGGCGCUCGACACUGGGGGAGCAGGUGAACACCAUGAAGGAGGUCUUGUGUGGUGUUUUGAAGUUGCUAGCCAAAGAUAGUCUUUCUGCUUGA